AUGGUGGAGAAAUUGAAGCUCCUUACUGAUGAUCAUCCACAUCCCUACAAGCUACAAUGGCUGAAUAAGGGUAAUGAAGUCAAGGUUAGUCAACGUUGCCUAGUUACUUUCUCAAUCGGAAAAAAAUAUCAAGAUGAAGUUUGGUGUGACGUCCUUCCCAUGGAUGCAUGUCACCUCUUAUUGGGACGUCCAUGGCAAUACGAUCGGAAGAUUGUGUAUGAUGAGUCUAAGAAUACCUACUCAUUCGUCAAAGAUGGAGUGAGAAUCAAGUUGACUCCAUUGGGUCCAGAAAAAGUCAACCCGACCUCACGCAAAGCCAAACUACUCGUAUCCCUAAUCUCUAAACCACAACUUAAGAUGACGCGAGAAGAAUCUCAAUCAACAAGGUUAUUACUCAUGGUCGAACAAAACAUUGGAACACCUAUUCCACAAGAAAUAGAAAAGCUCCUUGCAGAAUAUCUAGAUGUGGUACUUGAAGAAAUUCCUCCUGGUUUACCACCUAUAAGGGACAUCCAGCAUGUCAUCGACUUCAUCCCAGGAGCUGUUAUCCCAAACAAACCUGCUUAUAGGAUGAGUCCACAUGAACAUGAUGAAAUUAGACUACGUCCUGGUGAUGAGUGGAAGACCGCUUUCAAGACAAGAGAUGGGCUAUAUGAGUGGACUGUCAUGCCAUUUGGCUUAUCUAAUGCACCUAGCACCUUCAUGCGCUUGAUGAAUCAGCUACUACGCCCUUUCAUUGGAAAGUUUGUAGUUGUUUAUUUCGACAAUAUUUUAAUCUAUAGCAACAGCAAAGGAGAACACCUAGACCAUAUUCACCAAGUGUUGGGCGUUCUCCGGGAGCAAAAGUUGUAUGUCAACCUCAAAAAGUGCACCUUCUUGACCAAUGAAAUAAAUUUUUUGGGCUACAUCAUUACGGGUGAAGGUAUCAAGGUUGAUUCUAGCAAGGUUGAAGCAAUCAUCACUGGCCUACCCCUAACUCUGUGCAAGAACUCCAUUGCUGCCCCGCUUACAUAUUAUAUUAAAAGAGAUAAAUUUCAAUGGUCAGAACGCACUCAAAAUAGUUUUGAUGAGUUGAAGAGACGACUAACUGAAGCUCCAGUUUUAGCACUUCCUAACUUUGAUCAGGUGUUCAAAGUAAGCUCUGAUGCUUCUAAUAGCGGCAUUGGUGCUGUUCUCAGUCAAGAAGAAAAGCUAAUAGCUUUCUUUAGCGAGAAGCUAAAUGAUGCUAAACUCAAAUACUCCACCUAUGACAAGGAGUUCUACGCUGUUGUGAGAGCACUGCAACAUUGGAGUCACUAUCUGCUUCCUAAGGAAUUCAUCCUUUAUACAGAUCAUGAAGCCUUGAAACACUUGAAUUCUCAACAAAAGAUUAGUCGUAGACAUGCAUCUUGGAGUGAGUUCCUUCAAGCCUAUUCGUUUCUGCUUAAACACAAGUCGGGGGUUCAAAACAGUGUAGCAAAUGUGCUAAGUCGACGGCGUGCAUCACUAUCUACAAUGCAGAUGAAGGUAGUAGGUUUUGAAAUUAUUAAGGAAUUAGAAGCAAUCAUUUGGGAAGCACAUGACGGAGGAUUAGCCGGAUACUUUGGACGAGACAAGACAAUAGCCUUAAUCAAAGAAAACUUCUAUUGGCCGAGACUUGAAAGGGAUGUUAUUGGUCACAUUCAAAGGUGUCGAAUAUGUCACCUUGCCAAGUCCACAAGCCAAAACACUGGGCUAUACCUACCUCUUCCAGUACCAGUUGCACCAUGGGAGGAUAUCGGCAUGGAUUUUGUGUUAGGAUUACCUCGUACACAACGACAGAAGAACUCAGUAAUGGUGGUCGUGGACCAGUUCUCUAAAAUGACCCAUUUCAUACCUUGCCAAAAGACCAAUGAUGUUGUUCACAUUGCCAAUCUAUUCUUCAAGGAGAUUGUUCGAUUGCAUGGAAUUCCCAAAACCAUCACUUCGGAUAGAGAUAAGAAUAUUCGACAAUGGGAUCUUAUCUUACCCCAAGUUGAGUUCGCCUACAACAAUUCCAGUAAUCCUGCUACUGGAAAAUGUCCAUUUGAGGUCGUGUAUGGUACUAGACCUCUUAGCCCAUUGGACUUGAUCCCUAUUCCCACUAAUAAACAGUUCAGCGCCGAUGCUGACCAAAGAGCAAAGGAGAUUAAGAAGCUUCAUGAGCAAAUUCAUCUGCGGAAGGAUAGAUUUCCAAAGCAGCAAAAUGCUAAAUUGUCUCCAAGAGCAAAUGGACCAUUCCGAGUAGUACAGAAGAUCAAUGACAAUGCUUAUAAGAUAGAACUGCUUGAGUCAUACGGAGUUGCUGCUACAUUCAACGUUGCAGAUCUAUCGCCUUACUAUGAAGAUAAUACUUAG